AAAAAAGCAAAUAAGUGACUAUUAAUCUACUUAAUAUAUUUUUAUUUUCAUACUUAUAAGAAUCAACAAUAUACCAGCAUUUACUGGUAUAAGCUGAAGUGCUGGAUGAUGACUUAAGAGAACUGUAAAAAAAAAUAUCCCUCCAAAAUACAAACGCUUGGUCACCCCUGCUCCAUUUCCCUCCACACGGCAGCUGAUGAGCUUGGCUUUCAUUCAGCAAAUCGAGCACUGAAAGAUGAAGCUGUUGAAGUUCCACCUUAGGUACCACCCUCCAGGAAUCAUUCUGGAAUAUUCCCAGAAGGGAGUCAUCAAGAGCAAGGACAUUGACCUUCUAGAACUGAACUGCAACUCUGACAUAAAAGAAAUAGCAACAGGCCUCCACCAGAAAGAGGUGCUGAUCACAGACGAAGUAAAAGACCAGCUGGAGCAAUGUCUGGAGACGCUGAAGAAGAGGAUCGAGCAUGAGGGUCCCACCGGGAAAAGGUUCUACAUCUACAAGACCCUGAUGACGCAUGUGCUACCAUUGACCAAUGUUGCUUUUAAUAAAUCUGGGAAAAGAUGUCUCACCGGCAGCUACGACAGGACCUGCAAGCUGUGGGACGUGGAGAGCGGCAAGGAACUGAAGACGUUGGCUGGGCAUCAGAACGUCGUUUACUCUGUCGGCUUCAACUUUCCUGCUUGUAACCGCGUGCUCACUGGUUCCUUUGACAAAUCAGCCAAGGUCUGGGAUCCAUCCACAGGGGAGUGCCUGGCCACGCUCUGGGGCCACACCGGUGAGGUCGUGGCUGUCCAGUUCAACGCAAAGAGUGACCUUGUAGCCACGGGAUCUAUGGACCACACUGCCAAGUUGUUUGAUGCGAGGACUGGUCAAGAGAUCCACAACUACGAGGGUCACACCGCUGAGGUGAUAGCGCUGCAGUUUGACCCCAACGAGGGUCAAAGGCUGAUAACAGGGUCAUUCGACGGGACCAUAUCGAUGUGGGACACCCGCGUUCCUGAUCGCGUGUCAGUGUUCAGAGGUCACGAUGGUGAGAUCUCCAAUGUUCAGUUCAACUGGGACAGCUCCUUGGUUGGCUCCUCCUCUUUAGACGGUAGCGCAAAGCUCUGGGACGCCAGGCAGACCUCCUGCCUCGCUACGGUUUCUGGACAUACUGAUGAGGUCCUCGACAUCUGCUUCGACUGGGCCGGACAGCGUAUGGCGACAUCCUCUAGCGACUGCUCCGCACGCAUUUACGACGUGAGGUCUGACUUCAAGGAGCUCGCCGUCAUGAAGGGACACCGUGAAGAAGUCUCCAAGGUGUGCUUCAGUCCAGCUGGAGGAUGUCUACUGACAGCUUCUGCCGACAGGAGUGCCAGGGUCUGGAACACCACCACUGGAAACUGCAUUCAGGUGCUGUCGGGCCACCAGGGCGAGAUCUUCUCGUGCGCGUACUCUUACGCUGGGGACGCCAUCAUCACAGCUUCCAAGGACAACACUUGCCGUAUCUGGAGAUGAUUGGACUGGUGGCUCUAGCGAGUCACCCCCAACCCCGACCUUAGAGGACAGUUCUUGAAAAUUUAAAAAUAAAACGCCGAACUAUUAAAUUGGGAGACAGUGGGAUCAAAUUUAGAAGAAUUUAAACCGUCCGCCAUAAUUGGGGUUGUGAUAAUUUUAAGUACAAGAAAGAACAAAUUCACUAUCUAUCUCUUUCUUGUAUCUCUCGUCUACGUCAAUAAAUAAACGGCCGUCAGAUGGGUUGAAAUGAUGAUUGAAAAAAAUUGUGAACUAUUUUUUUGAAUACGCGAAUAGAUUAUUAUAUAAAAUUAUAGAUUAUGUAUUUGUAUUUUUCAUUAUAGACUGAAUGGGUCGUGCAGAAAUCUAUCAUAAUUCCUUUAUUAUAUAGAAUAUGUUAUAUAAAUUAAUGUUUACUUUAUAAAUUAGAUACACUCUGCGAGAUAUAUGAACAGAUCACCACCUAGUUACUGUUUGUACAUUAGUUAAGCACAUUGCCCAUAUUGUGAAUUACCACCAUUAUAUUUACGUCAUUACGCCAUGAUCUAGUACAAUGGGAAAUGGAAAGCAACGGUUUUAAUAAAAAAAACAAUGGUUCGCAAUUUCACUAAAUGUCAAAAGUGGGGGCAAUACGGUAAUAAUAUUCAUUCGAAAUACGGUUAAUAUCACAAAGGUCUAUUUAUUGUUAUAAUAGCGACAACAAACAAUUAAAUUAUCUGCACUAUGCAUAUAAUUCAAUCUAACUAGGGAAAGAACCACAAAGUACUUACUUAUGGAGUGUUAGGUAAGUUGUAAGCCAGUCCUCAAACUAGGGAAAGAACCAAGAAAAAAAAACAA